GGCGGUGCCGGGAGGGCAGCUCUGCUCGGCCCCGACGCCGACACCCUGCUUUCUCUUUCAGAGGAUACGAUGGGCGGUCCGACCUGCACGUCGGAAUAACCAACAGCAGCGGCGUGGUGUAUAAUUACGAUGCGGAGGGCGUCCGCAGAGACCACGCCGGUUGGGAGCAGUGUGUCAGCGUCCCGCUGGUCCAGCCAGGCAUGGUGGGGCUGCUGCAGCAGUGGGACGAGCUCCUGGAGGAAUUCUCAGUGGGAGAGGCCUGGCAGCCUCACAGGUAUGAAGAACAGGCCCACAACUGCUACACGUUUGCACUGGCGUUCAUCAACAGCAUACUGAUGGCGCAAGGGAAACGGCAGCUGAGCAAAAGGGAGUUUACAGAGAAGUUUGUGAUCCCGCAGAUGAGGAAAGCUUCCAGGUACCUGACUCUGCAUCAGGCGCUGGCUGCCAACGACUUCUACAUCGUGCCCCUUCCAGAGAGAGAAACCAGUGAGGAAAACGAUGCGCUGCUGGAUGAAAGCACCCACAGCACACAAGAGGAAAAGGACCGAAGUCUUCAGGCUCCAAAUCUCGGGGUUUACGAGGUGUGA